AUGAGUCUCAAUGACAUAAAAUACCCGUGGAGACUGACAUUUGGCGGGCACUUCCUCAGUGCCCGCACGGGACCCACGGUUUGUCCCUCAUCCACGCAUCCCGUUCAUCGUGUCCAUACACCACACUUCAUUGUCACUCUGCAACAUCCUACAGUAUUGCAAGCAAUCCCCCCCCCCCGCUCACCUUCCUCUCCUAGGCCCCGGACCCUCCCCAAUAUGACUGCACUACAACACCAUGAUUCAGAUCCUGACCAACCGCCCAUCGAUCUCUUCUGCGGCUGGCCGAACCCCGCGCUCCUCCCCGCCCCCGAACUCCUCCGCUCCGCCGCAACAGUCCUGACGACGCCCUCAAUUGCUCACCCAGCCUUACAAUACGGCCCAGAUGAGGGGUAUGAACCUCUCCGGAUCCAUUUAGCACAAUGGCUUCAGGACUUCUACCAGCCGAGUCAGCCCAUUUCCCCAGGGCGCAUUUGCAUCACCGGUGGAGCGAGUCAGAAUCUCGCAUGUGUCCUGGCAGUCUUCACCGAUCCAGCAUAUACCCGAGAGGUCUGGAUGGUGGAUCCGACAUACUUUUUGGCUGGACGGAUCGUGGAUGACGCAGGCUUUUCCGGACGGAUCCAUGGAGUACCGGAGGACGACGAAGGAGUCGACUUGUCGGUCUUGGAGAGAGGAUUACGCGCGGCAGAGGAUAAGGCGCUGCGAGAGGGGAAUAACCAGCCUGUGUACAAACCAGAGCGACCUUGGCGGAAGAUCUACAAAUAUGUCAUCUACAGUGUCCCGACAUUCGCAAAUCCAACGUCGAAAAUCAUGUCGUUAGCCCGCCGAGAACAAUUGGUUCGACUGGCGCGCCAAUACGACGCCUUGCUGAUCACUGACGAUGUGUAUGAUUUCUUACAAUGGUCACCCACUCCUGGAGACAGUCUGGCACAGCCUGAACGCGCGUGUUUACCGCGGCUGGUGGACGUGGAUAGGUAUCUGGAUGGGGGCCCGAUAGAUGAGUGGGGACACGCCAUCAGUAACGGAAGCUUCUCCAAACUGCUCGGCCCUGGCGCCCGUACUGGGUGGGCUGAAGCAUCUGAAAAGGUUGCCUAUGGUAUUUCACAAGCUGGCUCCUCACGGUCUGGCGGCGCUCCUUCGCAAUUGUGUUCCACUUUCAUCGAUCAACUCAUCCCCUCGGGAUACUUGAACCGGUGGAUUCGCGAUGUGCUGCAACCAGCAUACGCAGAUAGGUACUAUAGGCUCUUGGCUGGCAUUCAGGAACACCUGGCCCCCUUGGGCGUGACUGUUGAGGCGUCAUCUGGGUCCACGGUCGGCGGCUAUUUCAUCUGGGUCUCACUUCCAGCACCCCUCUUGGCGGCCGAUGUGGUGUCUGCCGCCCAGGAGCAAGAGAAUCUGCGCCUCGCUUCAGGCACGCUGUUUGAAGUUGGGAGUCCUCAGCCGCUCAGCGACCGGUUCACUGGCUGCUUACGCCUCUGCUUUGCUUGGGAGGAUCCACGUCACCUGCGCGAAGGAAUGCGCAGACUCGCACGCGUUUUAAGACAUUUACUUGAUCAAUGA